AUGUCGAAGUACGGCGAGACGGCGCGCGUCGACGACAAGGCGUACUGCUUGUUCGAAUCUUCCGACACUGUAUGCCUCUAUACAGCAUUUUCAGCCACCUUUGUCGACACCCUGCCCCUGCUCCGAGAAACCCUACGGUCUUUCGCAGCAGAGUUUGACCUCGAGUAUGUCCUCGCGGAGAACAAACAGGUCGCGAAGGCUUUGGAAGAUCUUACCCGGCUACACACACUGAAGCUUCAGGGCGUCGAGCCCGGGGUCCACGAGAUACGGCCGGAAGAAACCCUCCACGCCCUACAACAUAUCUCCAUCACGUCCGACUUCGGCCCCGUCUCCGCGCUCGACCUCGUCCCGCGGUGCCCAAACCUCACCACGCUCUCAUACGACUCCACCCACCCCUGCACACACUUCUCCUACCCAAACAAAGCGCCCUGGCCGCCCCUCCGCGAGCUACACCUCGGGAGCGACACGCACGUCCUGCUCCCGAAGAUGCAGCCCGCGCCGCGCAUCGUCAGCGUCCACCGCCUCACGAUCAACGCCUCCACGCUCAGCGCCGCCUUUCUCCCGGCGCCCUCGCACUAUCUCACCGCGCUCCUGCGCUCGACGCGGCCCGCAGCGCUCCUCGUCGCCGGCGCAUACACCAACGACGCAAAGCUCAGCGGAGACCCCGCGUGGGCGCCCGUUCUCCGGGCCGAGGGCACCCGCCUGCGUUCGCUCGAGCUCGCCGCCACGACGCUCAGCGCGAUCGAGCCGGCCGUGCUCGUCUCCGCGUUCGUCGGCCUCCCGCUCGUUUACCUCGGCUGGACGCAGACCGGGCACGCGCACCCCGGACGGGACUGCCUCCCCCUCGAACCCGCGCGCGUCCGCACCGCGCACACGCUAUCCACGCUGCUCGUGGACGCGCUACCCGCGCUGUGCGUGCUCAAAGUCGGAUGCAUGUUUUCCGCAAGCGUCGUGGAGGACGCUGAGGACGGGGAGCUGCGGGAAAGGCUGAGCUUGGCCGGCGACGAGGCCCCAGCGCGCGGAGAGCUUCAGGAGUUCAGAGGGGUGCAGAGAGGGGUGCGGUGGUGGAUCGUCAAGCGGGGCGGCGAUGGAAGAAAGAUGGUGGAAGUGUGGCGAGAGGUAGGCGAGCGGGCGAAGGAGGUUGUCGAGAGCGACGGAUUUGAUCCCGAGAGCAGCGCCUUGGAUGAGUUUUUCGUGCCUAGAAACGUGUAUCAGCUGUAG